CCCGUGCCGUUUUAAUCCCGCAUUAAGCCCCGGCCGUCCUCCUCCUCUCCUCAUGGAUUAAUUGACGUGAAAGACACGUGCGGCCGCCAGUUAAGCGAGGGAGAGCGCGUGCUCUCAGUCCACCACUACCACCACCAGCAUCAGCAGCAACGCCAUCGCACGGCCGACAGGGAGGCUACUCCUCGCUAUCAAGACGCGGAAGAGGGAAGGGACGAUACUCUGACCACUGCCGGAGCCGGGGCGUCGUUGUCGCGGAGCGUUAUCUACUCCUGACCCGGGCGAUGCGGAUCUGAGGGUAACUAGUCGCAGCAUCACUGGUGGAGAUGCCGAGGCUUGGAGGAGUACUGGUGGCGUUCGUCAUCUCCCUCGUCAGCAAAACAACCGACAGCAAAAACGCCCUGAGCGCCACGCCAUUCCUCGGGAUUCCGGGAGUUAUAGAACUGGAAUGUUCUGGAGAAGUCUUGGAUUCGACAAAACCUUGGUGUCCAUGCUGCUGUUUACGCACCGCGAUGACCGUAUCCUGGCAACGGUCAACAUCGUCACCAACGAGUGCACCACUUCCGCCAUCUUGUCGGCCUGUGUCAUCUUCAAACAGGACACCCGCAAGACGAAGCUCAAGACUCUGAUCAUGGAUUUAGCGCCCAACCACACCCGCAAGUACGGGUGUGAGAUCAGCAGUGUGAAGUCUGGAGACAGGGCCAGGACCGACACGUGGCAGUACGAAGUCCUGGGGCUCCGAAUGAGUGUCCGACCAUUCCAAGGAAUACUGGGAAUACAAGAGGUGCAGUGCUCGGGCGACGUGCUCUCCCCUGACACCACGGUCCUGAUGAUGGCGCUGUACACCAUAACCAAGGGAGGCAAUGAGAUGCGGAGCAGUGUGAGGAACAGUAGCAUCGUCUUCGCUUCUGUCAACCUCAUGACAGGGGAGUGCACCACGUCGGGAGUUUUCUCCUCCUGCUACAUAGACCGGAAGGACUCCCGCAGAACGAGGCUGAGCGCGCUGAUCAAGGACCUACCCGAGACUGAAGUUCGCAAGUAUGGAUGCGAAGUGAACAACGUCCGCACGGGUCAACUGUCAAAUCUCAUUUCCUGGGUACUGGAGGUCAAGGGCGUCAGGAUGAGUGCACGAAUCUUCGAGAACAUUCCUACCAUCGUGGAAGUGGAAUGCUCAGGAAAACCGUUGAGCUCUGGCAACGACCUGCUGACCAUGACGUUGUAUACGUCUCAAAAUAAUCAGGUCUUGGCGUCGGCAAACCUCAAGACUCACAAGUGCGUGUCGUCACACCUGUUCGCCUCGUGUUUACUCAACGACCGCGAUUCCCGGGGGACGAGUCUCAGAGUUCUCAUUCCGGACUUGCAAGAGGAAGAAAUUCGCAAUUACGGGUGCACCGUUGCCUUCGAGUCUUUCGGGUGGACAAAGUCGGAAACGUGGUACUUGAAUGCAAAGCGGAACAGUAAGUAGUGAAAAAUGUGAUUUGUUGGGACUGAUUACUGAGCUUGCCGAGGUGCAGGUUGGUUGACUGAUUUUACCGUUCACGGGCAGUUAAACUAUUCGCAAUGUUUUUGUGUCUUUUUUUUUUUUUCUUUUAAACAUACAAUUGCUCGCUGCUACACUCGAGUAGGUUCCAUGGCGGCCAUUUUGCUAGGACGUGAUCUGCACGCG